AUGUUAAACCAAUAUUCAGUCCUAAGUUCAUCAAGCUCUAUCGAACAUUAUGUUGAUAUGCAAAGUUUUACUUGUUCUUGCCCCGAAGGCUAUACAGGGAAGAUAUGCAAACAUCAAUCAGAGGAAGUAAAUACCAGUGCUCUUAUAAAUGAGUGGAAACUAUUUGCAACGAAAUUUACAUCCGAUAUCGAACAAAAUUUGAGGGAUGACCCGGAAAACUUUCAAGAAGAAGUAAAAGUCUUUAUGAACAGUUAUAAUACGAAUGUGAGAAGUUCCUCUAGCCUUUUAAGUGGCUUACAUACUGCAUUUAAAUUUAGGGGUACUAGCACCAAACGAUUAAUUAACGCUUCUCGAAAGGGCAUGAAAAUUUCCGUACAAUCAACUACUAUUAUGCGCAGAAAAACUAAAUUCACAGGGAGAAGGCGAUUCAAAUCAGGGAGAAAACCGGAAAAUGGAACUCAGAAACAGAGGUUAGCACCCCAUGAUUUGCCUAGGUAG